AAGCUUGAUCUUUCCGAGGAUCUCUGAAGGCAGCAGCAGUCAAUCACACCUGGAGUUAAUCAGCGGAUUGUGCGGCUGUGAGGAGGAGCAGCUCUUAGUUAUUCGUCCUCGGUUACUACUCUGACUCUUGGUAUCAAACAUGAAGCUGUCAGCACUGUUGGCCGUGUUUUUACUCCUCGGGACCGUCCGGAGGAGCUCCGGGAUGUCUCACCCUAAACCAGCCUGCCGGUACCCGCCGUCUCAGUGGUGUCGCUCCCUGGAGAUAGCCAUAGCGUGCAAUGUUCAGAAACAGUGUAUGGAAGUGAAUGCUACCAGACCGAACCAGACGGUUCCUCCGGUAUCUGUCAUUCUGUACUAUGAGAGUUUGUGUCCGGCCUGCAGAGUCUUCCUCACACAACAGCUCUUCCCCACCUGGACGAUGCUGCAGGACAUCAUGACCAUCACUUUGGUCCCGUAUGGGAACGCUAAGGAAAUCCCAUCAGCAAAUUCUCCCUUCACCUGUCAGCAUGGAGAGCCUGAAUGCCGAGGAAACAUGAUUGAGGCCUGUAUCAUCCAUUUAACGGGACACUCAGCAUUUCAGAUCAUCGACUGCAUGGAGUCGGCUGCAAAUGUUCUCAACGCUGCCCAGCCUUGUCUCCAGCUGUUUGCUCCCUCCGUCUCCUGGUCGAGUGUGGACUCCUGUUUGAAGGGAGGUCUGGGACACCGGCUGAUGCACGCCAACGCUGUCAUGACCCGAGCGCUGAAGCCCGCACACACGCACGUCCCCUGGGUCACCUUCAACGGGGAAUACACAGAGGAGAAUGAGGACAAGGCCAUGUCGUCUCUCUUCCACUUGGUUUGCCAACUCUACAAGGGGGUGAAGCCUCCAGUCUGUACUGGAGCUCCGGUCAGACUGAACAGAAGCUUCUGCUGAACACAACGAAAAACACUUUAACAUGUGUGAAAAUGGCAAAUCAACAUAUAUAAAGUACCAAAUAACACCAUCAAAAUCAUAUCAAUAUGUUUAGUUCUUUGUUUGUAGUUGAUAACAAUGUGGGUGUGAGAUCAUAGUUUUAUGUUUUAUUUUUA